UUAUAACAUUGUCAUGUCCGCGACAUUGUUGUCACAUCGUGCCGAAACAUGUUGAUUACAAUGUUGGUUUGACUCUCCACCACACUACAGAGCGACGGUGAACCAAGACGGACAGCUUCUUGCUAAUAAUUAGUAGUCAGUGUGUUGAAGAAGCAGCAUGAAAGAGGAUUAUUUGUGAAAGGAGAGCUCCAUCCACGUGCCAUGUCUUUGGUUUUCCCCCGGCCGAACACCAACACAGUCCACGGCAAGAAGGAUAAGAGACUGAUGGCGGAGGUGAACGCGUCGCCACUCAAGCAUUUUGUCACAGCGAAGAAGAAGAUUAAUGGGAUCUUCGAGCAGUUAGGGGCCUACAUUAAGGAGAGUGCCUCCUUUCUGGAAGAUGCUCACAAAAAUGAAGAGCUGGACCCAGUUACCACAGAAGAGCAGGUCCAGGAGGUUCGAAGUUACCUGACCAAGGUUGCUGGGAUUGGGGAAGUGCUCGCCAGGAGGCACAUGAAGGUGGUGUUCUUUGGGAGGACCAGUAAUGGGAAAAGCUCAGUGAUCAACGCCAUGCUGUGUGACAAGGUGCUGCCUUCUGGAAUCGGACACACCACCAACUGUUUCCUAAGGGUGGAGGGAACGGAUGGAAACGAGUCCUUUAUCCUGACUGAAGGCUCAGAGGAGAAGAAGAGCAUUAAGACGGUGAACCAGCUGGCCCAUGCUCUCCACCAGCACGAGGACCUGGAUGCAGGCAGCUUGGUCUGUGUUAUGUGGCCUAAAGCCAAGUGUGCUUUGCUGAGGGAUGAUCUGGUCUUGUUGGACAGCCCAGGUAUUGACGUGACCACAGAACUGGACAGCUGGAUCGACAAGUUCUGCUUGGAUGCUGACGUGUUCGUUCUUGUGGCAAACUCUGAGUCCACGCUGAUGCAGACGGAGAAGUCGUUUUUUCACAAAGUCAACGAGCGGCUGUCCAGUCCCAACAUCUUCAUCCUUAACAACCGUUGGGACGCCUCCGCCUCAGAACCGGAAUACAUGGAUGAGGUGCGGAGGCAGCAUAUGGACCGUUGUACCAAUUUCCUGGUCCAUGAGCUGGGCGUCGUGGACCAAGCUCAGGCCAGCGACCGCAUCUUCUUCGUCUCGGCCAAGGAGGUUCUUCAGGCGCGUGUGCAGAGAGCUCAAGGAAUGCCUGAAACAGGUGGAGCUCUUGCUGAGGGAUUUCAAGCUAGAAUGUUUGAGUUUCAGAACUUUGAGAGGCGAUUUGAGGAGUGCAUCUCCCAGUCGGCGGUGAAGACCAAGUUUGAGCAGCACACAGUGCGUGCCAAGCAGAUCUCUGAAGCCUUGCGGCACAUCAUGGAUGCAGUGCACAUUGCCGCACAGGAGCAGAGGGUCUACUGUCUUGAGACCAAAGAAGACCGUCAAGAGCGACUGGAGUUUAUCGACAAGCAGUUGGACCUACUGACUAUGGACUGUAAGACCAAGAUCAAGAAGAUCACAGAGGAGGUGGAGAGGCAGGUGUCUAAUUGCAUGGCGGAAGAAAUCAGGAAGCUCCACGUUCUAGUAGAUGAUUUUCACAUGGACUUCCACCCAUCCUCAGUGGUCCUGAAAGUCUACAAGAAAGAACUCCACCGGCAUAUAGAAGAGUGUUUGGGCCAGAACAUGUCAGAGAGGUGCUCCACCACCAUCACCGGCGCUCUUCAAACCACACAGGCAGACAUGAUAGAGGGUCUGAAGCCUCUCCUUCCCAGUCCAGUCAGAGAGCAGGUGGACAAACUGGUCCCUCGCCAGUGCUUCAGUCUGAGUUAUGACCUGGCGUGUGACAAGCUAUGCAGCGACUUCCAGGAGGACAUCAGCUUCCACUUCUCUUUGGGCUGGACCAUGCUGGUCAGCCGCUUCCUAGGGCCCAAGAACACCCGGCGGGCCCUCAUGGGCUACAGUGAUCAGAUUCCUCGGUCCAUGGCACUGACCCCGGUCAGCACCAGCAUGCCUCCCUUCCCGCAAAACUCCAUGACCCAGGAGGAGCUGAUGGUCUCCAUGGUGACGGGACUUGCCUCCCUGACGUCUCGCACCUCCAUGGGCGUCCUUGUAGUCGGUGGUGUGAUCUGGAAGGCCGUGGGCUGGCGUCUGAUUGCCUUGUCCGUGGGUCUCUACGGCCUCCUUUUUGUCUACGAGCGCCUCACCUGGACCACCAGGGCCAAGGAGCGUGCGUUCAAGAGACAGUUUGUGGAGUACGCCAGUGAGAAGCUGCAGCUCAUCGUCAGCUACACGGGCUCCAACUGCAGCCACCAAGUCCAGCAAGAGCUCGCCGGGGUGUUUGCUCAGCUCUGCCAGCAGGUGGACGUGACCCGGCAGAACCUUGAGGACGAGAUGACCGAGAUGAACGGCAAGAUUGAGCUGCUGGACGCCAUGCAGAGCAAAGCCAAGCUGCUGCGGAACAAGGCAGGCUGGCUGGACAGCGAGCUCAACAUGUUCACCCAACAGUACCUUCACCACAGCAAGUAAUGUCGCCUCUCAGAUGACUAUUUAUUGGACUAUAUCAUGCAUCAACUACCUUAACGCUGUGAUAGAAGUCCUAGCAGAGAACAUUUAACCAGUUGUGACUAGCUUGGAACAUGACAGACACAAGUUUCAUAUCAUAGGCCAGGAAUUAUUAAAUGCAUGCAAAGGUUGAAGCUGGGGAAGGGACACACACACAGAGAAGGCAGGAAGGGACACACACAUAGAGAAGGCAGGAAGGGACACACACAUAGAGAAGGCAGGAAGGGACACACACAUAGAGAAGGCAGGAAGGGACACACACAUAGAGAAGGCAGGAAGGGACACACACAUAGAGAAGGCAGGAAGGGACACACACAUAGAGAAGGCAGGAAGGGACACACACAUAGAGAAGGCAGGAAGGGACACACACAUAGAGAAGGCAGGAAGGGACACACACAUAGAGAAGGCAGGAAGGGACACACAUAGAGAAGGCAGGAAGGGACACACACAUAGAGAAGGCAGGAAGGGACACACACAUAGAGAAGGCAGGAAGGGACACACACAUAGAGAAGGCAGGAAGGGACACACACAUAGAGAAGGCAGGAAGGGACACACACAUAGAGAAGGCAGGAAGGGACACACACAUAGAGAAGGCAGGAAGGGACACACACAUAGAGAAGGCAGGAAGGGACACACACACAGAGAAGGCAGGGAGGUACACACACACAGAGAAGGCAGGGAGGUACACACACAUAGAGAAGGCAGGAAGGUGUACACACACACACACACACACACAUAGAGAAGGCAGGAAGGGACACACACAUAGAGAGGGCAGGAAGGGACACACACAUAGAGAAGGCAGGGAGGUACACACACACAGAGAAGGCAGGGAGGUACACACACAUAGAGAAGGCAGGGAGGUACACACACACAGAGAAGGCAGGGAGGUACACACACGCAGAGAAGGCAGGGAGGUACACACACAUAGAGAAGGCAGGGAGGUACACACACGCAGAGAAGGCUUCAUCUCUGCAUGUAUGAAUAUUCACAACAAGAGAUAUGAAAGUAAAGUUCAGACUAAUAUUACAAAAUGUGUCUUUCUAUGCAACCAAUCUUUUUUUUUCAGUUAAAUCAUUUUUUGGGUUGAAUAUUUUUUUGGCUGCAACUUUGUUUUUUAUUUAUUUGGUCUGCAUAUUGUUUUUUUUUUGUUUGCAAAUAGUUUGAUUGGCUGCAAAUUGCUUUUUUUUUGUUGAAAAUAUUUUUUGGGGGUACCAAUUUUUUUUUGAAAUUACAAAUAUUACUUUUGGUUGCAAAUAUUUUUUCUGGUUUCUCCCUUUUUUUUUGGCUGCCAUUCUUUUUUGGGGUUGCAAAUAAUUUUGUGCCGCAAAUCGUUUGUUUUUUUGUUAAAUUUUUUGGGGCAGUAAAUUAUUGUUUUGAGUUAUAAAUAUUUGUCGUUUUAUUGAUUGCAUAUCUUUUUGCAAAACUUUCAAGGGUUACAAAAAAAAUGUUGGACUACAAAUCAUUUUUUUGGGUCGCAAAUAUUUAUAUUGGUUCCAACUCAACUUCAGCCUUGUGGGCGGGGCCUCCUCGGAACGAUAUGUUAUAAGCCUUUUUAUUGGCCAAUCUCAGAUGAUGGCGUGACUUCUGACUACUUCCACCUUCAAAACAUUUGGAGGGAAAACAGCAAAGACUUAAGUGUGAGUGCUAGUGACAAACAACAAGGCUUUUAACUACGCUGUCAAAAUAACAAGUUAACUCACGUAUUUAAUCCCAAAGAAUUAUCGCAUUAAUCAUGCUUAUACGCAGAUUAAUUUAUUGUGACCCCACAUGCCGCAAAUUCCCUUCAAAAUACACUCAGACAGAAUUUUAUCGAUAGUUUGAAGCAAAUAAAUGACGUGAAUUUAAGUAAAACAUUUAGGAAAAGUGUACAAAUAGUUGGCUCUUUUUUAAAAUGUCAUUUAAAUGAUUCAAAAUAGAAUGAACCUGUUAUUAUAAAUGAUUAAUCCAAAUUCACAAGUAUCAUUAAUCAGAUUUUUUUUUAAUCACUUGACUCCUUCUAAGGUUGAUGUUAGUCAUAAACUGAAAAACAUUUUUUUCACAAACCCCAAAAAUUAAUUGCCAACCCAAACUUUUUUGUAUGAACAUAUUUGGGGUGAUUUAAAUGCAUUUUUUUUUUCUUUUUUAAAUGAAUCUUUUUUUGUUCGGCAGCAUAAAAAGACACAUUUCCCUCCAUAUGAAUAUUUGAUUUUCCUAACAUUAAAGGAAUGUUCAACAUUGUUGCCACAUAUAGACACCUGGCUACAAAUCACUGCAUACAACUGAAACAUGUUCUUCUUUUUUAGUAUUCAACAGCAAUGCAAACAUCAAAAAAGGUUAUUGUCACCUAUUGACUGGGAAAAAGUAUGAUUUUGUAUAUAUAUAUUUAAGAAAAAUAUCUUCUCUUGUGUGUAAACAUGAAAUGGUAUUGCACAGUUGACAAUUAAAGAAAAUGCCACUCUGA